CUCGCCGCCCACCCGCGGGUGCCCGAGGACCCGAAGCUCCUCGCGAGCAUCCAGGAUAUGAUAACAGAAGCAUCUUUCUAUUUAUUCAGUGCUACAAAAAAUAGAUUUUAUUUUAGGAAUGCAAAGAUUUUAAUACCUCCUACAUGGAAAGCAAACAAUUAUGAGAAACCAAAACAAGAGUCCUAUGACAAGGCAGAUGUCAUAGUUGCUGCUCCUUAUUGGAAACAUGGAGAUGACCCAUAUACCCUACAAUAUGGAGAAUGUGGAAAAAUGGGAAAAUAUAUACAUUUCACGCCUACCUUCCUAUUAAAUGAUAAGUUGAUUGCUGUCUAUGGAUCACGGGGCAGAGUUUUUGUCCAUGAGUGGGCCCACCUUCGAUGGGGGGUGUUUGAUGAAUAUGAUAGUGACAGGCCUUUCUAUAUAACUGGACAAAAUCGAGUUGAAGUUACAAGAUGCUCAUCUAAUCUCACUGGCAUCUAUGUCUGUGAAAAAAAAUCCUGCACUGAAGGAAAUUGUGUCAUUAAUCAACUAACAGGACUUUUUAUUGAAGGAUGUGCAUUUAUUCAUGAGAGAAAUCAAACUGCAGCGGCAUCAAUAAUGUACAUGCAAAGCUUAUCAUCUGUCGCUGAAUUCUGUGAUGAAAGUAACCAUAAUAGAGAAGCUCCCAAUAUGCAGAACAGAAUGUGUGACUAUAGAAGCACGUGGGAAGUAAUAAUGAAAUCCAUGGAUUUUAAGAACAAUCCUCCACUGAAUACUACCAGCCUUCUACCUCCUCCUACCUUCUCAUUGCUGCAGAAGAGAGAUAGGGUGGUCUGCCUGGUUCUUGAUGUUUCAAACAGCAAGGAUGGGACUAAUUGGAUCAAUCAGCUGCAUCAGGCUGCAGAACUAUAUCUUUUACAGAUCGUGGAAGAAAAUUCCUAUGUUGGUAUUGUCACUUUCAGUCACUCGGGAGAGAUCAAAACUCAGUUGCGUCAAAUUGUCAGCAAUGAUAUAAGGGGACAGCUUGCUUCAUUCCUACCAACUGCUCCAACUAGUGAGGGAACAAAUGUUUGCGCAGGCUUGCAGCUGGCAUUUGAGGUGAUCAGAAAACAUGAUGGAAGUAUAUAUGGCUCGGAAAUUAUAUUGGUGACAGAUGGAGAAGACAGUGGUGUAAAGAAAUGCUUUUCUGAUGUGAUUAACAGUGGAUCAGUCAUUCAUACCAUUGUUCUGGGACAGUCUGCUGCAAAAGAAAUUGAACAGUUUUCUAGAGAGACAGGGGGGUUAAACUUUUUUGUCUCAGAUAGACUGAUUUCCAAUGACCUCAUUGAUGCUUUCUGUGGAAUUUUAUCAGGAAGUGGAGAUACCUUUAAUCAGUCCAUUCAGAUUGAAAGCACUGGUGAAAGUACCCAGGGUUAUAAACAGUUCAGAAGGACGGUGACUAUUGAUAGUACAGUGGGAAGGGAUACAUUCUUUGUAGUUACCUGGCAGACCACUGAACCACCGAAAAUAACUCUUCUUGAUCCCCAUGGAAAAAACUACACCAAUGAGAACUUCAGCAUUGAUAUUAUUUUCCAUAUAGCUCGUCUUCAGAUUCCCGGCAUUGCAGAGGCUGGGAUGUGGACAUACACACUCACUAAUACUCAUCUGUCCCCUCAAGUCCUAACAAUAACAGUAACUUCCCGAGCAGCAAAUUCUACAAUACCUGCAAUAACUGUGAAAGCCCACAUGAACAGGGAUACAAACUACUACCCUAGUCCGAUGGUUGCUUAUGCACAAGUUGGUCAAGGGCUUUCACCUGUUCUUGGAGCAAAUGUGACCGCCAUUAUCGAACCAGAGAAUGGAGAUCCAAUUAUUCUGGAACUUUUUGACAAUGGUGCAGGAUUUCCUAAAGCAGGUGAGCUUUAUCCAAUGGGCCUUGCUUUGUCUCCUAAGAAAUGUAGCUAUUUUUUCAGAAAAGAAAUAGAGUUCCUUGCUCUGCAUUAUAUGCGAGAUCAUCAAACUGCAUGCUGCAACGCCAUGGAGUCAUGCUUUGUAUAUACCAGGUUACGUAGAAAAUGGUACGACAGAGCAAUGUGGGGUACGAUCCAGAUGAAUGGACCAAGACCCUCAGUUACAAGUAAUGAUGAUAUUCAAAUCAAAGUAGGAGGCUUCAGUAGAACCAUCUCAGGAGGUUACUUUACAGUGUCUGAAGUACCAACGAGCCCUGAUACUGAUGUGUUUCCACCAUGUAAAAUUACUGAUCUUAGUGCCAAAACAGAAGAUGAUAAGGUCAUUUUAUCAUGGACAGCACCAGGGGGUGAUCUUGACCAGGGACAAGCUGCAACUUAUGAAAUACGAACAAGUGAAAGUCCUCUGGAAUUAAGAGACAACUUUGAUAAGGCUACAGUUGUGAAUACCUCCAGUCUGACUCCUCAUUAUGCGGGCUACAAGGAAAUAUUUUCAUUUAAACCAGCAGCUUUUGCAACAAGAAACACCACAAUAAUGUAUGUGGCUAUAUGUGCCAUUGAUAAAGCCUCUCUGCACUCUGAUAUAUCUAAUAUAGCACAAGCAGUAAUGUUUGUUCCCCCAAUGGACUUUUUAACUGCUAAUAAUAAGUAUAGUGUCUCAACUAUCAUCUUGAUAUUAUUUGGCCUAUUAGCAACAGUUUGUCUUAUUACAAGUGUGACCUUGUGUGUUUUAAAAAAAAGAAGAAAAUGUCUAUUAGAGACUGCAACAAAAUUACUGUGACUUAAAAUGAAAGUUUCUUCUAGUUAUUUUUUUAGCAUGUAUUUGCUUGAAAGUGAUAUGCAAAAAUAAAUGUGCUACCACUGAAAAUGGCUACAUAAAAAUAAAUGGAAAGCCAUCUAUGCAGUUCUGUGUAAAAUUACAGCAAUUUAGAAGCAGUAUCAGACUGCAUGUAACAUACCCUUGAAUGGCUGGAUCACAGUCAAACUACAUUGCAUGUACAUAUGUGU